GCAGCACCGCUUAAAUGCAACUGUCGUUUGUUGUGUUGUGUAAGAUCGCAUUCUAACCUAUCCUCGUAAAUAAAUCAUGUUUACGCGUUAAAAAAAGGAUUUUGGUGAAAUAAUUUCUCGUAUUUUAUUAAAGAUGGGGAACUAUGAAAAACUGCAUCUCGCUAAUAACUUGGACGCUUUAGAUCUUCUUGCAAAGCGAGACUGUGAUGUUAGGAAGUUAAAAUUUCAACAAAUAUGUAACGCGCUUAGUAAAUUAUACAAAAAUAGUCAGUUGAACGUACUCGACCAAGAAAAGACUUACAUUCUACUCGCCAGAUACCUAAAUUUAUAUAACUAUCUUAAAAAUAAUCAGUCGGAUAAAAAAUUUGUUGAACUAAGAUUUGGUUCGGAGUAUGAAAAAGUCCUGAUGCAGUAUGAAGAAAUUAAAAGGAGUCUCGAGGAAAGAUAUGCGGCUAAAAGAGCCAAACUGGUUCAUGUUGAGCCGCCACAAGACGAAACUAUGAAGGAGCCUCCAGUUGAAGUGACUUCGCAGCGAGUUUUUACAGAGGAAUUUGUUUCGUGUCAACAAUUAUUUAGUGCCUUACAUAAAAAUCAUAACAUGCUGUUAGUUGACGCCCGUCCAGAAGUGGAUUUUAAAGAGUCAAGAAUUGAUAAUUCUAAUUGCAUCAAUAUACCGGAUCAUACUAUCACAGCUGGACUGUCAGCCAAUGCCUUAGGAAAAAAAUUGCCUGAGUCGACGCAAAAAUUCUGGGAUUUGCGCGAGACUUACGACGUUAUAGUUUUAUACGAUUGGAAUACUUCAUCUGACAAUUUUGCCUCAACCAAGUUGCAUAACUUACGCUCGGCUCUGGUAGAUUGGGAUUUGAAUCGUAAUUACAACGAACUGCCAGUUAUUUUAAAUGGCGGCUAUCUCGAGUUGCUUCAAAUGUAUCCAACCAUUUGUAUAAACCCUCAUGUGUAUCUCUUCCAGAAAAACAAUGAACUUGAUGAGUUACUAGAGUUGGAUAAUAUUAAAUAUCCAACGGAAUCCGACAACAAAACUCAAGUAAUGGGAGUACCUGAAGAUACGGAAAAUUUACCCCCGAAGGAAACCACCCCCGAGAUAGAAGUUACAAAGGAAUCUCUCAUCCACGAAAAUAAAGAAAUAGCUCUCAGCCAACACAAUGUUAUCUUACAAUUGCAACAACAAGAAAAUGAAAAGAAGAUUCUAAAUGAGUUGUGCAAUACAGAAAACAAUAUCAACAAUAUCGCUAACAUGAAAAAGCGAGUCGCCGAUAUCGAUGUCGAGAUUAUACAGUUUCAGAGCGUUCUCGAGGACCUCCUCAAGAAGAGAGACGACGUUAAGAAACGGUUCAAGUACCACUUCCAGGAGGAGCUCGAGGAUGACAUCAAACCAGACGAAAUCCCCGAGAGCGAGAAAAUGGAAGACGAUUCAGACAAACUCAAAGAUAUUAUCGUCGAGGAGAGAAAUAAGGAGCUGCAGAGAGCUCGCGCCUUAAAACCAAAGAAAGUCGACUCAAAUGCGACUAUAUUUAAUAACGAGACUCGCGAACCCGACAGACCGACCAUAAAUCGGGCUACUAAGCCGACUUUUCAUUCGUACAUUUUGCGACCAAAGGUGGGAGCGCUUGAGAAUAUGACUUGUGGCUUGGUAGGUUUGCGUAACAUUCGCAACACUUGCUACAUGAGCACCGUGAUUCAAUGCCUGAGAAAUAUUCCUUCGAUAACCCAUAUAUUUUGUAAAGGUGCUUAUGCUAAAUAUAAUAUAAGGUCCCCGGCAGCUAUUAUUCACGAAACAGCCGGACUCAUCCGCCAGCUGUGGUCUAAGUCAUCCAAAUCACUCGACCCGUAUGAGUUUUACAACAAAGUUUGCCAACUAGAAGCAACUUAUAGAUUAGGGAAUCACGAAGACUGUAUGGAAUUCUUUUUGUUUUUGCUCAAUCAUUUAUCCGAGGAUUGUUGCUAUGACAUAAACUUGCCGUCGGUGAUGACACCAAAGCAGAAAGCUUGGUAUAACCAAUUCGAAGGGAAGAAUUCAUUUUUCAUCGAUUUGUUCUACCAUCAAAUUAGGAUUAAGCAGAAUUGUAAUUACUGUGAUCAAAAAACGACUUAUAAGUUUGAAAUCGAAAGUACCUUCAUGUUGUCGGUACCAGACCACGAUUUUAGCUUAGAAACGCUACUAGAUGACUACAUGGCCGACUAUAUUAUCCCGGAGUAUUGUUGUGCUAAGUGCAAGAAGCCAGUCAACAAUCAAAAAGAAAUAUGUUAUGAACCUAAGGUUAUGGUUAUAGUUUUAAAAAGAUACCGACAAGUACACAUAAACGGGAACGUCGCUUUGCAGAAAGUCGAAUCUAGGGCUCACUUCCAGAAGAAGAAUUUUCGUUUACGAAACUGCCUUUAUCAGCUUAACGCAAUUGCAAUGCACUCAGGUGAUAUGAAUUAUGGCCACUACACAGCAGCAGCCUUAACUCCGAAGGGCUGGUAUGAAUUUAACGACGAGACGGUUAGACCAAUCAAUAUCAACGAUGAAACACUAAAAGUAAAGGCUUGUGCUUUUUUCUAUUCAAUGUGUGAUGAUUAAAGAGAUUAGAUUUGUGAUAAUAAAGAAAUAGGUUAAUCUUGUAUGAUAUGUACAGAUUGAAAAUGUUCUAUUUUUUUUAAAUUGGAGUUUAUUAAACAGUUAUUCUUUUAAAAUUUUAAGUCAUUCGUGGUUUGAUCCCCGAUGUAGAGUUUUGCCGGGGAUCGAAACCCUUUUUUCCUAUUUAAUAGUAUUUGUAAUCUUUAGAAUGUUACAUUGCAGAAUAGUAUUAUUCCGCCAGAAAGUUUGUUUAGUUAAAAUGUUUGUAGUUUUGUAUUGUACUAAGAAUUGUACAUGCUGAUAUCUAUUUUUUGUUACUGUAAAGUGCCUUACGGAAGCAACCCCAAGAGUUACAUUUCAGUAUUCUUCUACUGUAUUCCAAAUAUUUCUUCCGUAGGUCACUCACUUUCACUGUCUGACGUUACAUAAAAAAUGGACUGACAGGAGCAUUUUGUGUGUAAUUUAGGCACGGUCGAUGUUGCAGACUGAACAUUUGUAACCACAUGUCAACAUUACACAACCAAUAAAUUACAUGCUGUUAUUAUAUAA